AUGGCUCGUCUUACAAUCGUCAACUAUCUUCUUGUAAUAUAUCAUGUCUUUAAUAUAGCAGACCAAAGUAGUUCUAAGAUGUGUACCUUCAAGCCUUACACGGAUGAAUGUGGGAAUCGUGGAUGGUUAUGGAACUGUAGUAAACUUAACAUUCAUACAGUUCCCACAGCUUGUUUGAAAAAGUAUCGUGUCCACAUUGAUUAUGCUAUUUUGCGCCUCCGUAAUCGAUGGAAAGGUGUCAUGCACGUGGUAAAUCCUAAACAAUUCCAAUUUGAUGCUUUUGUGUCAUAUGCAGAAGAAGACUAUCAUUUAGCCUGCACAACUCUGUAUCGAGAGCUGGUCCGAUUAGGCUUCCAAAUUAGUUUACCAGAUAAAGACUUUAUCCCAGGUAUAUCAAAAGCUGAGCAACUCCUGCAAUGCAUCGAUGAUAGCCGGAAAGUUAUAAUUGUCGUAACCGAAAACUUCCUAGAGAGUGGGUGGGAUUCCUAUGUCGUUCAGAUGGUAGUGACACAUGCUUUUCACAAUAACAGACAAAAAUCCAUAAUAGUGAUCAUUAAAGAUGAUAUUCCUGUAGAGAGAAUACCAAAGGAUCUACGAUACAUAUGGUGGUCUAUCAUAAGUAUUCGAUGGCCAGAAAAUGGCGGCAAUAUGAUAUCAUUUUGGGAAGAAAUAUCUACCGCUUUGCACUUGAAUUAG